ACGCCCCAGCUCCGCCGCGGGUCUGCGGUGGCGGAAGUGACGCGAGGCUCAGGCCUGAGGGCCGCGCUGGUCGGGACGCUCUCUGCUGCUCAGGGUCGCACCCCGAAAAUAUGCAGAGCAGAAUGGCUCUCUUCCUCCUUCUCGUUGUCAUCACGCAGGCCACGAGCAGGGCUGAGAUGAGCGCCACGGAUCCGGAGCUGUCCUCGGUGCCUCUACCAACCAAUGUUAACGUUAAGGCCCACAACUUGAAUACUGUCGUAUCUUGGGAUUACCCAAUGCCACAGCAGACGCUUGUUUUUAUUGUCCAGGUAAAGAUCUACGGUGAGACAACGUGGAUUGAUGCCUGCAAUACCUCUGAUUAUUACUGUAAUAUCUUUUACAAGAUUCUUGAUCCAUCAAUUCCUUUAUGGGCCAGAGUUAAAGCUAGGCUUGGACAAAAAGAAUCAGCCUAUGUAGAGUCCAAAGAAUUUAUUUUGUGCAAACAAGGGGAAGUUGGACCACCUAAACUGGAUAUCAGACAGAAGGAAGACCAUAUCAUUAUUGAUAUAUAUCAUCCUUUAGUUAUUGUAAAUGAAAAAGAGCUGGGAGUCAUAUAUGAUGAAGAAACUACUUGUUAUACAUUCAUGUACAAUGUGUAUGUGAGAAUAAAUGGAAGUGAGACCACAAAUAGAAGGUACAUGCAGAAAGAAGAUGAUUGCAAUGAGACUCAGUGCCAUUUAAGUAUUCCAGUGUCCUCACUGAAUUCUACGUACUGUAUUGCAGCAGAAGGAAUCUCAGACACAUGGUCUGUGACAACUGAAAAAUCCAGAGAACUUUGUAUCACCAUUUUCGACCAUAAGAGCAAAGAAAAUUCAUUUUGGAUUCCAAUUGUUGCUGCUUUCCUAGUCUUUGUAGUAGUUAUCCUUCUAGUUGUAUGUUUUCAUAUUAAGAAGAUACAUCCAUGUAAGAAAGAAAGCAUUAUGUUACCCAAGUCCUUGCUGUCUGUGGUAAAAAAUGCCUCUUUCGAGGCAAAAUCUGAAUCAAAAUAUAUAUCGCCCAUCACCUACGAACCCAUUGUUCCUGAACAUGAGAAGGUGGAAGAGCAGUUGUCUCCAGCAACAAUUUCAAGUUCACAUAUCAAGGACGAUCCGGCAAAAGUAGAGCACAGAGAAGAUUUUUCUAGUGAAACAGAAGUGGUGACCAUCGAAGAGAAUACCCCCGACACGGCUCCUGGUAGCCCUCUGACCCCAGUAAAGAGAGACGAUUCCGUCCAUUCAAGUAGCAACCAGUCUGAACCCUGCAGCGUCGCUUUAAACUCUUAUCACUCCAGAAGUGGUUCUGAUAGUGGCGUUGCAGAAUCGGACACUUUCUUAUCUGACUCAGAAUUUCCUCCAAAUAGUAAAACUGAAGUAAAGACAGGAAGACAGGAGUCCACAAUGCUCAGAAACACUACCACCUCCUUUGGUUACGAUAAACCACACGUGUUAGUGGAUCUGCUUGUAGACGAAGGUGGUAAAGAGUCCUUGAUUGGUUAUAGAGUCACAGCAGAUUCCAAAGAGUUUUCAUAAGAUCAGCCAGCAUGUGCCAAUGUGGAAGGAUCUCCUUGUCCUGAACAGUUUUUCUGCUUUGAUUUCAUGAAAAGAUCAUAAUUUCAGAUGUUGUACCUUUAUGGAUAGUAAUCAAAUGAAGGACCUUGAUUUAGAUAAAAGUGCUAGCUUGGCACUGUCACAUGUGGUCUGAAAACCUCAAAGACUUUUUUGAAAAAUGAACUUGUCAACAUCUGAACCUUUCCAUAUAGAUAGGUUAGCAGUAAUAGUGAACACUCUCUAAUAACCCUGCUUCCAAUGAUAGUAGAUGACGCCCAGGG